CUGAGGCUGAAUCGUGGAUGUAGUUUUUUUUAAUGCACUCGUUCCUCUCCAUUGACAAAUUCAUGGAGAAAUUGCGGCAGCUAUAAAAAAAAAAAAAAAAAGUGUCAGCGAGUUACGUAAGAAGCGUAGAGUCGCUGACGACGUCAGGCAUGGAGCCCAGCAGCCUCCUCGCACACCCCCGGAGAUGCGCUGGCCGAGUCGGGGCUGGAGGGACCGAGUAGGGGCUGAGGGGGAGCGACCUGCUCGCAGUCGUCCGGAGCCAUGGCGGGCGCCAAGCUGACACCCUCGCCCUCGGAAAUCGACCCGGACGUCAAGACCGAGGUGCGGAAGACCCCGGAGCCCGCCUGGCUGCACUCCUCCUCCGCCUCCAACCCGCUGAGGACCGCGGGCUCGUUCGGGAGCGACGUCGGCCAAAGGUAUCAGGAGGAGUACAGUAUGGACUCCACCAAUGCCCAGGUGCAGGUGGAGUUCUACGUCAACGAAAACACCUUCAAGGAGAGGCUGAAGCUUUUCUUCAUCAAAAACCAAAGGUCAAGUUUGAGGAUCCGCCUUUUCAACUUCUCCUUGAAGAUCCUCACCUGUGUCCUCUACAUCGUGAGAGUCAGCCUGGACGACCCCAAGGAGACCAAUGGCAACCCCUGUUCAAACUUUAGAAACUCCAGCUGGCCAAAUUCAUCCACAGAGUCAACAGAAAUUCAUUGGAAGUUGAUUUUCUGCGUGACGAGACCGGAUCCCUUGUGGGCCAUACAAGUGACCGUGGCCUUGAUCAGUUUUUUGGAAACCAUGCUGAUCACGUAUCUCAGCUACAAGGGCAACAUCUGGGAGCAAAUAUUCCAGAUAUCCUUCAUAUUGGAGAUGAUCAAUACGGUGCCAUUUGUCAUCACAAUCUUCUGGCCUCCAUUAAGAACCAUAUUUGUUCCUGUUUUUCUUAACUGCUGGCUCGCCAAGGGGGCCCUGGAAAACAUGAUUAAUGACUUCCAUCGUGCUAUCCAGAGGACUCACUCAGCCAUGUUCAACCAGGUCUUCAUACUCAUCUGCACUUUACUCUGCCUGGUUUUUACUGGAGCAUGUGGCAUCCAGCACCUGGAGAGAGCUGGGAAGAAGCUGUCCCUCUUUGACUCCUUCUACUUCUGCAUCGUCACCUUCUCCACCGUGGGCUACGGUGAUGUCACACCUCAGAUCUGGCCCUCGCAACUGCUGGUGGUCAUCCUCAUCUGUGUGGCGCUGGUGGUGCUCCCUCUACAGUUUGAAGAACUGGCCUACCUGUGGAUGGAGAGCCAGAAACUGGGAGGAAACUACAGUCGCCACCGAGCGCAGACAGAGAAGCACGUGGUUCUGUGUGUCAGCUCGCUGAAGAUAGACCUGCUAAUGGAUUUUCUCAACGAGUUCUACGCCCACCCCAGGUUGCAGGACUAUUACGUUGUCAUCCUGUGUCCCACUGACAUCGACAUUCAAGUCCGCCGUAUCCUCCAGAUACCUCUGUGGUCUCAGAGGGUCAUCUACCUCCAGGGGUCCGCCCUCAAAGACCAGGACCUGAUGAGGGCCAAAAUGGACGAUGCCGAGGCCUGCUUCAUCCUCAGCAGUCGUAACGAGGGAGACAGAACUGCUGCUGAUCAUCAGACUAUUUUGAGAGCUUGGGCCGCCAAGGACUUUGCUCCCAACUGUCCUCUCUACGUCCAGAUUCUCAAACCGGAGAACAAAUUCCAUGUGAAAUUUGCCGACCACGUGGUUUGUGAGGAGGAGUUCAAGUACGCCAUGCUGGCCCUGAACUGUGUGUGUCCUGCCAUGUCCACCCUGGUGACUCUCCUGGUCCACACCUCCAGAGGACAGGAAGGGCAGUUGUCUCCGGAGCAAUGGCAGAGGAUGUACGGGCGCUGCUCGGGUAACGAAGUCUACCACAUCAGACUGUGUGACAGCAAGUUCUUUGGGGAGUACGAUGGAAAAAGCUUCACCUACGCCUCCUUCCACGCCCACAAGAAGUACGGCGUGUGUCUGAUCGGCGUGAAGCGUGAGGACAACAAGAGCAUCCUGUUGAACCCCGGGCCCCGUCACAUCAUGGCCGCCACCGACACCUGCUACUACAUCAACAUCACCAAGGAGGAGAACUCCGCCUUCAUCUUCAAACAGGAGGAGAAGCACAACAAGAGCCUGCCCGUCUCCGGCCUCUACGACGCCCCCUCUCGCCUGCCCGUGCACAGCAUCAUCGCCAGCAUGGGUACCGUGGCCAUUGACCUCCAGAACCCCGACCCCCCGGAGGAAACCAGCAAGCUGACCUUGCCCACGGAGAAUGGCGCCGGCAGCCGCAGGCCGAGCAUCGCGCCGGUCCUGGAGAUCGCCGACUCCUCCGCCAUCCUCCCCUGUGACCUCCUCAGCGACCAGUCCGAGGAUGAGACCAACCAAUCGGACGAGGAGGGCUCGGUGGGCUCAGAUUUUGUGAAGGGCUACCCCCCCAAUUCUCCCUACAUCGGGAGUUCUCCCACCCUGUGCCACCUCCUCCCACAGAAGGCUCCUUUCUGCUGCCUGCGUCUGGACAAGGGCUGCACGCACAACAGCUUCGAGGACGCCAAAGCGUACGGCUUCAAGAACAAGCUGAUCAUCGUGUCGGCAGAGACGGCAGGCAACGGGCUGUACAACUUCAUCGUACCCCUGCGGGCAUACUACCGACCCCGGAAGGAGCUCAACCCCAUUGUCCUCCUGCUGGACUACCCGCCGGACAACCACUUCUUAGAGGCCAUUUGCUGCUUCCCCAUGGUCUACUUCAUGGCCGGCACCAUCGAUAACCUGGACAACCUGCUGCAGUGUGGAAUCAUCUAUGCGGACAACUUGGUGGUGGUGGACAAGGAAAGCACCAUGAGUGCUGAGGAAGACUACAUGGCCGAUGCCAAGACCAUCGUUAAUGUCCAGACCAUGUUCAGACUGUUCCCCAGCCUCAGCAUCAUCACUGAGCUCACACAUCCAUCCAACAUGAGGUUCAUGCAGUUCAGAGCCAAGGACUGCUACUCACUGGCUCUUUCCAAGCUGGAGAAGAUUGAGCGAGAUAAAGGCUCCAACUUGGCGUUCAUGUUCCGCUUGCCGUUCGCAGCCGGCAGAGUGUUCAGUAUCAGCAUGCUGGACACGCUGCUCUACCAGUCUUUUGUGAAGGACUACAUGAUCGCUAUAGCCCGGCUCCUUCUGGGUCUGGACACAACCCCUGGUUCUGGCUACUUGUGUGUUAUGAAGAUCACCGAGGAGGACCUGUGGAUCAGGACGUACGGCAGACUCUUCCAGAAGCUCUGCUCCUCCAGUGCCGAGAUCCCCAUGGGGAUCUACCGCACAGAGUCGCACAUGUUCUCCACCUCCGAGACCAAGGACCGUUCCAUGCAGUCUGAGGUGUCCAUCAACGUGGAUCAGGGGGAGGAGCAGCGCCACCGCAAGGAGUCCUGGAAGGAGAAGACGGCGCACAGGAGCUCCAGCGGCAGCGAGCAGUCGGAGCACCCCCUGCUGAGGAAGAAGAGCAUGCAGUGGGCGCGGCGUCUGAGCAGGAAGAGCACCAAGCCCUCCAGCCGGGCCGAGCGCAUCUCGCAGCAGCGCCUUAACCUCUACCGCCGCUCCGAGCGCCAGGAGCUGUCCGAGCUGGUCAAGAACCGCAUGAAGCACCUGGGCCUGCCCACCGUGGGAUACGAGGAUGUUUCUAAUCUCACUGCGAGCGAUGUGAUGAACCGAGUAAAUCUCGGAUAUUUGCAAGAGUUGCAGGACAUAUCAGAGCAGCCGUAUAGAGACGCGACCCGGCCGCCAGACGAGAUGAACGACCACCAGAACACGCUGUCCUACGUCCUCAUCAACCCGCCUCCAGACACCAUGUUGGAACUCAACGACAUUGUGUACAUCAUCCGCUCAGACCCCCUGGCCCACAUGCCCGAGGAAUCCCAGGUGGGCCAGUGUCGAGGCACCAGGAACCAGGCGCGCUUCGGCUCGGAGACCAGAGACGAGACGCACCUAUGAGAGCCCCGCCCUCACCCCGUCCCCCUCUUACGCUGGCGAGAUCUUUGACCUCGGAGCCAGCGCCGCACAGGACUGUUGGCGUCACUCUGCUGACGCGUGAAGAGUGCCUCAUCAUCCGCCAUCUUGUCACAACUAACAUGGAGGGCGUCGUCUAAGGCUAGUUUCUUUUUGCCACACGCACGCACACACACACACACACACACACACACACACACACGCACACACUCUGUGCCCUCGUGCCUUGUGUUUGUGGGCCAAGCAUCAGGGCAGCAACAUACAGCAACCUUUUUCUUUUGGGUCAGUGGUUUCACUUCCUGUAGGAGCACACACACUUCCUGUAGAGCACACACACUUCCUGUAGGAGCACACACACUUCCCUUAGGAGCACAGGUGUCAGUGUGGGGGCGGUGCCAUUAUUGUAGAAAAUGUGGAUAUAGCCAUCAUCAUCAUCAUCAUCAUCAUCAUGGCAGGUGUGUGGACUCCCACUUUAGGGCAUUAUUAUGAUGAUGAUUAAUAUUAUGAUUAUUAUUAAGAUGAUGAUGAUUAUUAUUAUUAUGAUUGUUAUUAUUAUGAUUAUUAUUAUUAUUAUUAUUGUUAUUAUGAUGGUGAUUGUUAUUAUGAUGAUGAUUAUUAUUAUUAUUACUGUUAUUAUUAAUUGUUAUUAAUAUUAUUAUUAUGGUUAUCGUUACUAUUAAGUAUUAAUAAUAAAUGAUUAUUAAUUAUUAAUAAUGAUUAUUAUUAAUAAUAAUCAUCAUCAUAAUAUUCAUUAUGAUUAUGGUGAUGAGGAAUAUUAUCAUG